AUGUCCGCCUAUAACGACGAGCGCUUGGAUUCAAAUCUCACCGCGAACAUCAUAAAAAUUUCAGCUGUGGUUAUCCCCUUGCUAAUGCUGCCUUCAUUUGCAAGGUAUCCUGCUACAUGCAAGGAAUUCCACAAAAUUAUUCUGUGUGUUCCCAAGAAACAGAUGGCUAAAAUAGAAAUUGGCAAAUUUAAGAAGAUUUUAAUCUUCUUAGUAUUUUUUUUGGCUAUUACAAAUAUUUCCAGUUCUCAAAAGAAGAAAUUCCUUCAAAUCCAAAAAGUCUCAAUGGAAUAUAACAAGGAAUAUAUUUGGAAUUACACCCUUAGACUAUACAAUGACAACACUACAGCUGAUCUUGAAGUGUUCAUGCCGAAAACACUUACAAAACCUUUGUGGUUCAAGUUAAUGAUCGAAAUGAAAAUGCGGCAAAGAGAUGAUUACAACCAAAUCAUGUCAUAUGAAUUUAAUGUCUGUGAUGCAAUGACUCAAGCAACUCAACCGCUACUCAAGACAUGGAUAGAUAAUGUUGCAAAAUAUGGAAAUUUACCAAGUAGUUGUCCUUUCAAAGAGGGCAUAUAUUAUGUGCGCAAUUUCAAAUUUGAUCGAAACAGUCUUCCACAAUUUUUGUUAAAAGCUUUUUAUGGCAUCCACGGUUUGGGCUAUUUUCGUCAAUCUGAUGGCAGUAAGAAUAUUUUGUAUAAUGUCUCUGCGUUUGUUUCUUUAAAAACCAAAUAA